AUGCAAGAGGAGUUAGCACAAAUAAAUAGGAAAUUUGACAAUGUACAGUCAGAAAUAGAACUAYUCAAUACCGAGUAUCCGUCGGAGGAAGAGAAGGAAAGAGAAGAGUUUAAAAAAAACUAUUUUGCCGCACAUUCUAGGAUUCAGGAAACUAUAACUAACGAAAGGCGUCAUAAUUCUUCAGGUCAUGAUACCUCACAUAACUCGAAWACGUCAGCAACCCAGUCACGGAUACAAUUAYCACCCAUAAAAAUUCCRGAGUUCGGCGGGAACAUUCAAGAUUGGGAAYCCUUUUUCGACUCCUUCCGAUCUGCAAUACACGAGGAAAAUAGUUUUACAUCGGCUCACAAAUUUUACUACCUCAGAUCAUAUCUUACUGGUGCAGCUCUAGGUCUAAUCAAGGCGGUUCCCAUGACGGAUGCUAACUAUUAUGUGGCGAUUGAACGGCUUAAGCAGAGAUAUGAUAAUAAGAGCCUAACCAUACAGUCUCACAUCAAAUCAUUAUUAGAAUCUCCACACGUAGAAAAUGCAACAGCAGCCGAGCUUCAACAACUACAUUCACAUGUAUGCACGCAUAUUGCAGCUUUAAAGGCAUUAGAUCAACCUGUGGAUAAAUGGGAUGCCUGA